AUUGCCAACCUGGGGCUCUGUACGGAGACUAUGGAUGCGCUUGCGGCUCGUGGCAUUUAUAGCCUCUUUCCGGUACAGGCGCAGGUGUUCGAGCCAAUCAUGAACGGUCGUGAUGUGGUUUGCCGCGCCAAGACUGGUUCGGGCAAGACCCUCGCUUUCGCUCUGCCUGUUGUUGAGAACUUGCUUGAGGAAAAUGGCAAGUCCCGUCCCCGCAAGGGCCGCGCGCCUCGGUGCCUGGUGCUGGCCCCCACCCGUGAGCUGGCCAACCAGGUGUCCCGUGAGUUCGAGUCAGUUUGCCCCAACCUCAAGGUCGACUCCUUCUACGGCGGUGUUUCCAUCUCGCCGCAGAUCCGGUCCUUGGAGAACGGUGUGGACGUGGUGGUCGGCACACCGGGCCGCAUCAUUGACCUGCUGGAGCGUGGCUGCUUGAAGCUGGAUAACAUUCGUUACGCGGUGCUGGAUGAGGCCGAUCAGAUGUUGGAUAUGGGUUUCGAGCAGGACAUGGAGCGCAUCCUGGGGGCCAUUCCCGAGGGCAAGGAGCGCCAGACGCUGCUCUUUUCGGCAACGCUACCCAAAUGGGUUAAAUCCGUGGCCAAGAGGUACCAGAACAACCCGUUGACCAUUGACCUGGUGGGCGAGGAGAACACUGGCAAGUUGGCGGACACCAUCCGGCUCCUGGUGCAGCAGGUGGACGGUGCGCAGAAGAUGUCGGCGCUGCAGGGCCUGCUGGCAAUGUACGGCAACACUGCGGGUGGCGGCAAGGCCAUCAUCUUCGUCAACACCAAGGCCAAGGCUGACGAGGUCAACAUGGCCGUCAACGAGUUUGCGAGCUGCGAUGCGCUGCACGGCGACAUCAGCCAGGCGCAGCGUGAAAAGGCUCUUGCUCUCUUCCGCGACGGCAAGUACAACUGCCUUGUGGCAACCGAUGUGGCAGCUCGUGGGCUGGACAUCCCCUCUGUCGAUUUGGUGGCGCACUUUGAUUUGCCUCAGGACAACGAGGCUUUCCUUCACCGUUCCGGCCGCACUGGGCGCGCCGGCAAGACGGGGACUGCUGUGGUGCUCUUUACUGAGCGUGAGGCCCGGUCGUUGGCUCUCAUCCUGCGCGCCACCAAGGUCACCAAUGCGGAGCUGGUGGGGGCGCCCGACCCGGGAGAUGUCAUGCGCACGGCUUCUCGCUCAGUGCUGGGCAAGUUAGACAAGGUAACUGCGGGGAAAAGGUCGCGCUGCUGUUGCUGUUGUGUGUUGUGGCUUCGUGUCGGAGGAUGUGAGGGCACAUGGAACCCGCUUGGCGAAGAGGGGAUCUAA